AUGUCUCAACACUGGCCCGGGCCCAGCGCGGGCUCCUCGGCAUCUGCAUCCUCGUAUGCACACCAGCAGCAGUACUCCGUCGACCGCUCGCACGGCUACCCGCUGUCGUCCUCCCUGAACGGCCAUGGUCAUGCACACACUAUGGCCCUGCACGACGACUAUGACGACGGUGAGGCGGACGAGCUUGGCGACCUGCCGGGAUCUGCGAUGGGCGGUCUUGGGCUGCCAUCGUACUCGAGCUCCGUGGCCGGAGUGGCAGGCGCGAGUGGCAGCGCAGCGAUGAAGAACGAGAAGACGGUUCGACGGCGGAGCAGCAAGGCGUGCGACCAGUGCCGCAAGUCUAAAUGCAAGUGCGAGCGCAACAGUCCGCAAGACCCGUGUCGCAACUGUGUGAUGCUCGGAACCGCAUGUACCUUCCUCGGGCCAUCACGCAAACGCGGUCCUCCGAAGGGAUACAUCGACGCCAUCGAGGCGCGGCUUCAUCAAACAGAAGCCCUGAUAGGCAUCCUCCUCGGCAGCAAGGACAGUCGUGCGAGGACCGUGCUCGACGAUCUCAGCGAGGACCCGCUUGCCAAGGAUAUCAUCACACGCGUGGACAAUUCUGCUUACGGUCACAAAGGCCGUUCACGCGGUUCUGAAGCUCCAACGACAGGGCGGAGCAGACCCCCACCAGAACCGCGCGACGAAUCGGUCCUCCACUCUACUCACCCCUCAAACGAGUGGCAAGAUACAGUGAUCGCACGCCUCAAUGCCUUAGCUGCGACGCGCAACACGCUUCUCGACGAUAAGACCGCAGAGGGCGAAGACAGCGACGGACGUCCGUCGUCGUCGGACACAAGCCGGCAACUUGAUGCGCAGCCGACGCGGCCGACCCUGAAUUUGACGGAGCAGCCCAGUUCCUCGUCCCUCGUCGGGCCGCCCUCCGCAGUGCUCAGCUCCGCGUCGGAGCCCCCGGGCAGCGAGCCCCCCUUCCGACGCCAGCGGCGGCGCCUUGACGGGGAGAUGGGCGAUGGGGACUUUGCACGGUCGCCGUCGUCCGCGUCCGCGUCGGCGUCGCGAUCGCGAUCACCCGCGAUUGUGGGACAGAACCAGCCGCGUGGGUCGGGCGCGGGCGAGGACGAGCUGGCGAUUGAGGUGGGCCAGUUGAGUUUGAACGAGGACGAGCAAUUGCGGUUCCACGGCAAGGCGAGCGGGCUGCAUUUGUUGGGUGUAAAGGACAGGGAAGAUGCGAGGCAUGAGAGUGGUAUUUGGCGAUUCCCAAAGGCGAGAGUGUGGCCACCGUUGCCGCCAUCUGCGACGGCGAAGGCGAAGGGCCUGGAGAACUUUGCACCGCGCAUGCCGGACCAGGCCACGCAGGAGUUGCUUUUGGAGUUGUAUUGGACAUACGUGCAUCCGGCACUGCCGAUCGUGCACAAGCGUGCGUUCAUGGAGGACUUCCGUAACAGCAAUACGUCAUCUGCGGAUUCUCCAUACUCCGAGAUGUCUGAAGGUGCGUCUCCGGGAACGUCGUCUCCGGCUUCACGCAGAAGUCGGCGAGUGCCUACUCUCCUCCUACUCGCCAUGUUUUCCAUCGCUGCGCGCUACUCCUCUGAGACGAGCCGUGAUGAGCCGCCGCCACAAGACGGCUCGAUCUGGACGGCGGGCGAGAACUACCUCGAGGACGCGAAGGUUAUCCUCGACAGCUCGUACGCUGCGUCGCGCCCGAGUACCUGCCAGGCACUGCUCUUACUGGGCUACCGUGAGGUAGGCAUCGGCGCGAUGGCGCAGGCAUGGCUAUAUGUCGGGAUGGCGGUGCGAAUGGCGCAGGAUUUGGGUCUCCAUAAGAGCGCCGACAAGUGGAGCAGCGUCGGGCGUGCUCUGUUCACAGCGACCGAGCUGCAGGAACGGCGGCGCAUCUGGUACGGGUGCGUUAUCAUGGAUAAAUAUGUUUCCGCGUAUAUUGGUCGGCCAGUAGCGAUCUGCGAACGGGACUUCGAUACGGAGCUUCCCAGUAUCGAGGAGCCGGAUGAACAUGAACUGUGGCAGCCACACCCGUCCGAACCACUGAGGGAUGGCACCGUUGACCCCGAGUUCCCCGAGGUUGUGCCCGUUCCUGGACGGGUCAUCUCGUGCUUCACCGAGUCUGCAAAAUUAUCGAUCAUCCUGAGCAUGAUCAUGCAGUGUCUGUAUGCUAUUAAGCUGCCGCCUAACCGUCAGGCGGAGUUUUCUCGGUUGGAGAAGUUGCUGUCGAAGUGGUAUCUCGAUCUUCCUGGCCAUUUGCGGUUUGACCCCGCUGCGCCGAAAACUCCUGUGCCGUUGCCGCAUAUCCUGACUCUGCAUAUGCAGUAUUGGUGCACGGUGUUGCUAUUACACCGGCCAUUCAUUCGGCAUAUGCCUGAUUCGUCCGCAAGACCUUUGUCUUCAUCGUCGAAGGACUCCGACGGUCGCGCAAAUUCAAGAAAAAAUCACGAUAUCUGUGUGCAAGCUGCUAAUCAUAUUACAUCUAUCGUUUCAGUCUAUGUGGAAAAUUACACCGCGAAACGCGCACCAGUCUAUCUCUGUUAUUACGUCUUCACGGCUGCCAUCAUGCAUGUGGCUACUCUCAUGAGCUACCCUGACGAUACACAGGGACGAUUGGGGCUGAACAAAUGCAUGGAUGUGCUGAAGCAAAUGCGCAUUCUCUGGGGAAGCGCAUGGCGUGCGCUGGAGCUGCUGCACGGAUCGAAGGUUAACAGCCCGCCGAGCACACAAGACCCGCAGAUCUUCAGAGCGCGCAUGCCUGAGCGUCCGAAGCGCUCUGCAGAGCAGCCACUCGACCACGAAGCGGACGCUGGCACUCGGCUAAUGACCAGCGACCAGCUGUACCGCCAGUCGCAUGCAUACCCACCAGUCAGCACGCCCAGCCCGGUCCACCAAGGGUUUUCCAUGAACAACUUGCAUAUACCCUCCGCGGACUCGUCGACGUACCAUUCGUAUGAUCGGUGGUCAUCGGAUACGUCCAUACCCGGCUAUGGGGGGAGCCUGACGACGUCCGUCUUGCCGCAGCAAUACAGCACUGGAAUCGUCGAUGAGCGACUGCCGUCCGGCAUGAGCCGCCACCCGGAGCGCCAGAGCCAGCGGUACCCGCAGUACUGGAGCGACUAUUCUGCACUCGCGCAGAUGGACACGCCGUAUGGCGUGCCGGUCAUCGGCGAGAUGGUUCCGCAGCACGGAGGCUCGCAAAGCGACCAGCCCAUGUACGUGCCGGAAUAUCCAUUGUUCGGUGGGUACACUCGAUGA